AUGUGUGCGGGUACGCGUGCGGCCGCGACGCAGUCAAGAUCAAGGGCGUGCGAUUGCGCAAGAGUUGGCUGUCGCACCGCACUGCAACCCAAUGUGAUGUCAUCGCGUCUGCGCCCCCCACUCCUCCUCUAUUAUGCUCGCUUCAGAAAGGCCGCGGACGCGGAACGGUCUAUUUUUAAAGUUUGUAUAGAAGACUUGGGACAAUAA